UUACAUUGGCAGUUCAUCGGUCAUCUUGCUUGCUUUUUUGACAAUAAUAUUGAAUAUAUUCUCGAAAGCGGUAAGACGCAAAUACAAAGAAUUUUGGUUUAAUUCAAAACGGAAAUGCUAAAAUAAAGCUCUUAAAAAUAUGGUGGAAGAUACUAGCUUAAAUUCUAAUAAAGCUAAGACAAAAACUGCACGACCAAAAGCUGUGUAUCUUUGGACAGAAGCAGAUGUGCAGAAAUGGCUGCGUCGACACUGUAGUGACUACUAUAACCUGUACUGGGAGAAGUUUCACGAGCAUGAUAUAACAGGUCGAGCUUUAGUCCGUAUUAAUGACAAUACUCUUCUUCGAAUGGGUAUAACAAACCAAGAACACAGGGAAGCAAUAUGGCGGGAGAUACUGAAGUUGAGGCUCAAGACUGACAUUGUGGAGAUAAGAGACUUGGAAAGGACGCACAAUUACUUUAAUUUUAACUUAUAAGAAAAUAAAUGUAGACAUUUUGAAAUUUCUGCAUAUUUUACAGUAAAAAAUAAAAAAAAAAUAUUUUAAAAAAGUCAUUUUAAUUUUUUUCAGGGAAUUGGGCAGAAUUUUCUUCUGCCUGGUUGUGAGCCUUAUCAAAAAACUUUAUAA